AUGGAUAAUGUUAGUGAUUUUGUUAAGCCCUCUGUCAUUGCCUUCUCUCUUCCCUCCCUCCUCUCCAGAACCACAGGCCUGGCAGAGAAGCCACCUCGCAGAAGAAGAAACAGGACUGAGUUUGCCCUGAAAGAAACCAUGUCGACGGGCGGUGUGGAGGAUGACAUCCCUCAGGGAGAGAGGAAAACUGUCACAGACUUCUGUUACCUGCUGGAUAAAUCCAAACAGCUUUUCAAUGGCUUAAGAGACUUGCCUCAGUAUGGGCAGAAGCAGUGGCAAUCUUAUUUUGGACGCACCUUUGAUGUUUACACCAAACUCUGGAAGUUCCAGCAGCAGCACCGGCAAGUUCUGGACAAUCGAUAUGGCUUGAAGCGCUGGCAAAUUGGCGAGAUCGCUUCAAAGAUUGGGCAGCUUUACUACCACUACUACCUUCGCACAUCUGAAACCAGCUACCUGAAUGAAGCUUUCUCCUUCUACUCUGCUAUUCGGCAGAGGUCUUAUUAUUCCCAAGUCAACAAAGAAGACAGGCCUGAACUGGUGGUUAAGAAACUGCGUUAUUAUGCACGGUUUAUUGUGGUUUGCCUUUUACUCAACAAAAUGGACGUUGUUAAGGAUCUGGUAAAGGAAUUGUCAGACGAGAUUGAAGACUAUACCCACCGCUUCAAUACAGAGGACCAGGUGGAGUGGAACUUGGUUCUCCAAGAAGUGGCAGCAUUCAUUGAGGCAGACCCGGUGAUGGUCCUGAAUGAUGAUAACACCCUUGUGAUCCUCUCCAACCGUCUCUCUGAAAUGGGAGCCCCUCUGCUGGAGCAGGGGAUGAUUGUGGGGCAGCUGACUCUUGCGGAUGCACUUAUUAUUGGGAACUGCAACAAUCAGGUGAAAUUCAGUGAAUUGACAAUCGACAUGUUCCGGAUGCUGCAAGCUCUGGAGAGGGAGCCAAUGAAUUUAGCCUCACAAAUGAAUAAGCCUGGAUUGCAGGAGACAACUGAAAAGCCAGCAAGGAGGGAGAAUCCCCACAAAUACUUGCUAUACAAGCCAACUUUCAGUCAACUGUAUACCUUCCUAGCUGCAUCAUUUAAGGAACUGCCUGCAAAUAGUGUCCUGCUGAUCUACCUGUCGGCCACUGGCGUGUUCCCUUCAGGUCGUUCGGAUAGUGAAGGUCCCUAUGAUUUUGGGGGUGUUCUGACAAACAGCAAUCGAGAUGUUAUAAAUGGGGAUGGCAUCCACAAGCGGAACCAGUCAUACAAAGAGAUGCAUUGCCUGCACCCUGGAGAUCUCUAUCCUUUCACCAGGAAACCCAUGUUUAUCAUAGUGGACUCAUCUAACAGUGUUGCCUACAAGAAUUUCACGAAUUUAUUUGGACAACCAUUGGUGUGCCUACUUUCGCCAACAACAUAUCCAAAGGCGUUGCAAGAUCAAUCCCAACGAGGUAGCCUCUUCACCUUCUUUCUGAACAACCCAUGAUGUGCAUUCCUGUUUGUCUCUGGAUUAUCAAGCAUGCGCAGAGGACUGUGGGACAAGUGUCAUGAUUACCUUCGAAAAAUAAAUCGGGAUAUUGCACAAUUACUGACUCAUUCCCGUUCCAUAGAUCAGGCCUUUCUCCAGUUUUUUGGAGAUGAAUUCCUUCGUUUACUUCUAACAAGAUUCAUCUUCUGCUCAGCCACCAUGAGGAUGCACAAAAUCUUUCGGCAGGAAACUAGAAAUUAUCCAGAAUCCUAUCCCCAGCUGCCAAGGGAUGAAACUGUGGAGAACCCACACCUCCAAAAGCACAUUUUGGAGUUGGCUUCCAUGCUGGAUGUUCGAAACGUGUUCCUGGAAACCACCCUCGAUGAUUAUUAAAAUGGAAACGUGUUCCGGCUUUCUUACUGCAGAGGGGUGUUCCUGGCCACAGGCUUUUGAAAUGGUGCAGUUUUCUAAUGUGAAGAUCCACAAAAGGAAUUUACUUGAUUUUUAUUUUUAAAUUUAUGAUUAUUUUUUUAAAAAAUAAAAUGGCUGUAGGCACAGCUGUUCCAUUCUGUAUGGGUCAAUUUUAUAUACUAAACCCUUCUGCAUCUUUUAAAAUUUUAAGACUAAAGAUA